UCGAGACACUACAAUUGGAUUGUUAUUACUCUAAGUAGAACCCCCACUUUUUAUUUUAAUAACAGUUGCUGUUAUGUGGCCAAAAUUAGAAUAAUUCCGCAUAGAAACUAGCACCAACCUCAUAGGAUUCCAUCAGCUUCUCUGUCAUUCAACUCUGUUACAAUGGCAUCUUCCAGCUCUCUGCAAGCAAUCUCUUCUGUCAAGUUGGCUGAAUAUUGCAGCUCAGCUUCCCAAUCUCACAGAAAUUUAGGUUCCAAUCUCUCAUGUUCAAAGCCUUUUCCCUUCCAUCAUGACCUCAACAUCUCAUCAACCCGUAAAUCAAGAACCCCCAAGCCCUUCAUCCCCACAGCCUUCUUCUUCAACAAGUCAAAGCAGUGCACAACAGAUACUCCAAAGCCCAUAAAAGUUCAAGAACUCUACGUUUAUGAAAUCAACGAGAGAGACAGAAACAGCCCUGCAGUUUUAAAACUAAGCCACAAACCGGUCAACUCUCUGGGUGAUCUGGUUCCUUUCACCAACAAGCUCUACUCUGGAGACCUACAAAAAAGGUUAGGCAUUACAGCUGGACUGUGCGUGCUAAUCCAAAACGUUCCGGAGAAAAAAGGUGAUCGCUAUGAAGCCGUUUACAGCUUCUACUUUGGUGACUAUGGCCAUUUGUCCGUCCAGGGACCAUAUUUAACGUAUGAGGAUACCUACUUGGCCGUGACGGGAGGUUCUGGGAUCUUUGAGGGAGCGUACGGACAGGUCAAGUUACAGCAGAUAAUUUUUCCGAUCAAGUUGUUUUAUACUUUCUACUUGAAAGGGAUACCUGAUUUGCCAGCUGAGCUUCUAGGGAAGCCGGUGGCUCCAUCGCCUGCCGUCCAGCCUUCUGCGGCUGCUCAAGCUACCGAGCCUCAUGGGAGUAUUCCAAACUUUACCAACUGAGAGAUCGCAAGUACUAGCGGCUUGAAUUAUUAACUAUUUGUUUAUAUAUAUAUUAAAACAUAGUUUUUCCUUAUUUUUCAAUGCAAGAUAUUAUUAGUUUCCUAUC